UGUUGUGAAAAUUGUGACCCCAGUUCCGCUGUCCUCACUCUUCACUUCGCUUUCUCUCACUAAUUAGAAAGUGAGUGGGCGAAAAAUGCCGUUCUUGUUGCGGACUUCCCAAUCUUCGUUAAGAAAGGCGUAUCCAUUUCUGAAAUCCCUGCAAAUUUCUUUUUUGCUUCAAUUCUUCUUCCCCUUAAGCUUCUGCUGAACAAAUCGUAUCUGUAAUGGCGACCAUUUCUUCUUUAUCUUUUUCCGCUUUAGGUCAAGCUUUGGAUAGGAAAGUGAAGGUUUCAGCGGCGACUCGAUCAAUGUCUUCGUCUUUCUAUGGUUUUCGAUUUCGAGCGAACUUUGCCUCUGAUCCGUAUGGUUUUGGUACCCGGACUUGCAGUCAUCGUCUGGCUAUUCAAUGCAUGUCAACUGUGUCAGAUGCGCCCCCUGUAUCUGAGACGAAGUUGAAUUUUCUCAAGGCAUACAAACGGCCAAUCCCUGGUGUAUACAAUACAGUGUUGCAGGAACUGAUUGUCCAACAGCAUUUGAUGAGGUACAAGAGGACAUACCGUUAUGAUCCUGUGUUUGCUCUUGGCUUUGUCACUGUGUAUGAUAAGCUGAUGGAAGGUUAUCCAAGUGAUGAGGAUCGAGAAGCCAUUUUCAGAGCGUAUGUCCAGUCACUGAAGGAGGAUCCUGAACAGUACAGAAAUGAUGCAAAAAAGUUGGAAGACUGGGCCCGUUCACAGAGUGCCAGUUCAUUGGUUGAUUUUCCAUCGAGAGAAGGAGAAGUUGAAGUGAUUCUAAAAGACAUUUCGGAACGGGCUGGUGGUAAUGGGAGUUUCAGCUAUAGUCGCUUCUUUGCAAUUGGGUUGUUUCGUCUUUUGGAGUUGGCAAAUGCAACAGAGCCAACUAUCUUAGAGAAGCUCUGUGCAGCCUUAAACAUAAACAAAAGAAGCGUUGAUCGGGACCUUGAUGUAUAUCGCAACCUACUAUCCAAGUUAGUUCAAGCAAAGGAGCUCCUGAAGGAGUACGUGGACAGAGAAAAGAAGAAAAGAGAAGAAAGGACAGAAUUGCAGAAGGCUAGUGAGGCCGUUGCAAAAUGUCUAGGACAAUUCCAAUAUGCAGGCCAAUAAGUCAAUUCUAUGAGUUCUACCGUGCACUCCAAUAAUUUUCAAAUCUCUAAUUCAUGUAAUCUGAGGCAUAGCAUGGCCUCCCAGUUACGGGCAUCAUCUGUCUGGAUACAAAUUUGUAUUCUCGAUGUAUCAGUUAUGGUAAUCCAGAAUCCAGAUGCAUUUUCUGUAAUGACUUACCCUUUAUCUUCUCCACCCCAUACCUCCCCCUUCCGUGGGGAGCCUUAUUUUGCUUCUAAUGCAUUUAACUAAUGUCAGCUACCAUAUGGAGACUGCAUAUGGACCAUCAUUUUCCACUGUAUGAAAUUUUUUAAUAUUUGGAGGUC